AUGGGCAACGGUCAUAUUGUGCUCACUCACGAUGUCGAGGUUAUCGAGAUGAAAGACGUGGGCGUCGUUGGUACUUCGUGGGAUGUCUCAACCAAACCUGCGGAGGAGCCUGCCAGUUGGUUCGAAGGCUUCCAGCGCGCCAAGCGUCGACGUGACAAGACCCAUGACCACGGGUACUGUCCCAAUCCGAAACCUGUCGCAGAACUUGGACAGUAUGAUAUCGUAGCGGCCAACGCCAAAACAGUAACAACACCCUUGGCAAGAGAGCUCAAGGGAAGACACCUUCAGAUGAUUGCAUUUGGAGGCUCGAUUGGCAAGUUCCUCAAACUUAUGAUUGGCACGAAGGAGAAGGAAGUCUAA